UCCGGCGCAGGCGGGGUUGCGUCCCGCUUGCUCCGGGCCCGCAGCAAGGACGCAGAGGAAGGCGCCGCUGUGCUGACUUUCCCGUGAGCGGGGCCUUAGCUGAGGACGGCGUGCGGAGCGGGGAAUGAAGGAUGGCAGCACGCCGUGCAUUAAAAGCUGUUUUGGUAGAUCUCAAUGGCACACUUCACAUUGAAGAUGCAGCUGUGCCAGGCGCACAGGAAGCUCUUAAAAGGUUACGUGGUGCUUCUCUAAUGGUUAGGUUUGUUACCAAUACAACCAAAGAGAGCAAGCAGGACCUUUUGGAAAGGUUGAAAAAAUUGGAGUUUGAUAUCUCUGAAGAUGAAAUAUUCACUUCCCUAACUGCAGCCAGAAACUUAGUAGAACAGAAGCAAGUUCGGCCCAUGCUGCUAGUUGAUGAUCGAGCACUGCCUGAUUUCAAAGGUCUACAAACAAAUGAUCCUAAUGCAGUGGUCAUAGGAUUGGCACCAGAACAUUUUCAUUAUCAAAUUCUGAAUCAGGCAUUCCAGUUACUCCUAGACGGGGCGCCUCUGAUAGCAAUCCACAAAGCCAGGUAUUACAAGAGAAAAGAUGGCUUAGCUCUGGGGCCUGGACCCUUUGUGACUGCUUUAGAAUAUGCCACUGACACCAAAGCCACGGUAGUGGGGAAGCCGGAAAAAACGUUCUUUUUGGAAGCAUUGCGAGGCACUGGCUAUGAACCUGAGGAGGCUGUCAUGAUAGGAGAUGAUUGCAGGGAUGAUGUUGGUGGCGCUCAAGAUAUUGGCAUGUUGGGUAUCUUGGUAAAAACUGGGAAAUACCGAGCAGCAGAUGAAGAAAAAAUUAAUCCACCUCCUUAUUUAACUUGUGAGAGUUUCACUCAUGCUGUGGACCACAUUCUGCAGCACCUACUGUGAACCGUUACGGGAAUUGGAAGCAACUUGAAACGCAGCUUUUCAUGGUCCGGAAUGAAUCCCCCACCAUCUCAGUGCCACGUAGACAGACACAAACCAUUCAGCACUGAUCACGGGUGAACCCUCUGUCAUUGUGCAUUAAUUAGGAAGAAGGGUAUUGAAUUGCAACCACUAAGCCUUGCUAAUCCCUUUUGUUUUAUUUUUUAAAAGAAGAUGAGACCCAAAGAAAGGGAAAACAGAGAUUUUUAUACCAUUCCUUUUAAAAUAUUCAUUAGGUUAGGCAGGGCUGGGAGGGAGAAUCUACUGCAGGGAGUCAUGUUCUCUGCUGUAUCCUCACUAAUAAGGUGGGGGAUUCAGAUUGUGGACGAUGGUGAAUGGUGUUUUUUAAAUUAUAAAGCAGUGCAUUGAAAGGUGCAUUAAGCUGUAGUUUUAAUACUGAAUUCAACUGUGAAAUCCAUCACAAGUGCCAAGUGGAAUACAAGAGAGAAGAAGCAAAAUAAAUUGUCCUUUAGCCCAAGUGAUUGAGUGAAUUUGCUUUAACUGGUGUUGAAACUAGAUUAUCUACUGUGUUAUUCCCAACACGAGUGACUUCUUUUUUCUCUUCAUUAGCUAGAGAUGACUAAUUUAAAUUUAGAACCUGAUUUUAAUUUAAAAUAAUAUUUCCAUUAAUAACCUAUUCAUUGUAGAUACCUAUUAUACUGUGUAACAGUUGUUUUGGAAAUUUUAUGUAAAAUUAAAACUAUCAGUAUUUUACAGAUGUUUUAAUUAGACAUUGUUAUUAACAGGAACAGUGCAGAAACUAAAAUCAAGCCUUUAAUGUCUUAUAGACCAUGCAUUUUUGAAGUUAGUGUCCACCAGGGUCCUAUUAACUGUACAUUUGCAAGAUUUCAUUAUUUUUGCCUCUGACACUUUGGGAAAAAUCUUUUAGAAGCUAUUGGGACAGAUUCAAGCUUUUAUGUACUUGGUUACUACAGCUGUAAAAUGAAAUCUCCUCUUGUAGCAUGGAUUAUUCUUCUCGUGUAAACCCUCCAAAAUGAAGGGAACUAAGUAGGUAAUGAUUUUCCUAGUGCAUUUGCAUACUGUGAUCAUCCUAGGCCUUUGCAAUUGUUUUACAGGGCUCUUGGGCAUUGAAUUAUUAGCAUGUAAUUGUACAUCAUUGUAGUGUUCACCUUAUUGAAGCACACACUGAUGUUAAUGAGCUUCGGGUUUUGAUGCUUGUUUAGAGAUCAACUUGGUCUUGGAUGGAGGAAGCAAAACUAAAUAAAUGGCAUCUCUUUCUCUUGGUCGUUUCGUGAGCACUGUGUUCUUGUUUUUGCCAGUGCCCCAACUUAGUGCUUAAACAUCCUUGAUUAGAAAGGGUGGAUGACCAGGACCGACCACCACCUCAGACCCAAAGGGUGAGUGGAGUGGCAGAGAACAUCGACUUGGGGGCAGCCAGCGCCUAACAAGCCUGUGACCUCGAGUGAGUCACCAAGCCUCUCCUGCCUUCUUUCCCUUAUGUGUAAAGUGGAGGUAACACAGUAGUGCCCACCACUGGGCCUGUUGUGAGAGGUAAAAUACACGACCCACACUUCAGAUACUUAGAGUGGAAUCGGGCAAACGCUAAGUACCAUGUGUUUGUGAUGCUGGUGGUGCAGGUAUAUGGUGCAGGUAUAUUGUCUGCAUUUAACAAUAUGAAAAGGGUUGGUAAAAUUCAUCUCUACAGUCAGUUCAGUGGGAAAAGUCCUCCUGAGAAUUAGAAAAGAUAUCCUACUACAUUUGAACUUCCUCGGGGCAAAUCACAGAGUGACGCUCAGUGUUCAGCAGAGAAU